CCUGGUGCUUCACAAGCCGAGUUGCAGGGACCAUGUACAGAAUGUCUCCCAUUCAGCCCUGGCUGGAGGCGCUAGAUAAAAGGCCGGGCGAACGGACGAUGACGGACGUGCAGUACGUGGCCGAACUACUGAGAAGUAUCGCCACGCUCCGAGACCUUCCUCACGAGCUGAUCCUCGACCUGGCCAGCUGCGCCUACCUGGAGGACCUCGAGGAGGGGGUCACACUGUUUCGUCAGGGUGACCGCGGCACUAACUGGUACGCCGUGCUCUCCGGCUCCGUCUCUGCCUUCCCGUCUCGCGACGCCACCGACAAACUCAGACAGGUUAGUGACGAGACGAAAGCUACCGAUUGCUACGACAAGCCAGUGAGGAGACGAAAACUGCCGGUAAGCUGCCAGUGCCAAGCUUGA